AUGGAAGAGCACGACUAUCGCAGUGUAAUUAUUUACCAUGCCCGGAACCGGUACUACUACACGAUGCAACGUUCUGCGCUGGAGGCAAUGGCCAAAUACACCAACGACGUCAGCUUCCGGUUCUUGAACGGUCUCGCACUGAUACUGGAUGGAUUUCGUCUUCAGGAAGGGAUUCGCGAGCUAAAUCAACUUCGCAGCGAAACGGAUCUCGGUAUGGCGGUAACACUUUGUCUUAUGUACACACACAAACGGUGCCACAUCGUCGACAAGGAAGAGCUGAUCAGUCUCGAUGCGCAGCUGAAAGAGGAGCGGAAGCGUUUAACGGCCCAUUCCGCUUAUUAUGCGGCCCUGUUUCUGCAUCUGAGUGGCAAAACAGAGAAGGCGAAAGAGUACACCGAUAAGGCACUGCGAUUGGCACCGAACCACUCGGAUAUACUGUCCUUAAAGGGAUGGUGUGAGCUGCUGCUGGGUAAAAUAAACAAUCAAACACUUGAGCUGUUUAACCGUGCUCUGGAAACUGGUGGCAAGCAUCUCGACGCGUACCUCGGACAGGUUAGGUUUUAUCAGCUGAACAACGACUUUGAUGCGGCAACGGCGGUACUGAACCAGGUCGCGGUCGGCUUUCCGGCCGUGAUCAUACCGCUGGUUGAAAAGAUGAAGACGCACCUUGCCAACUGGCACUGGGAACACACGUCGGAGUUGGCAAACCGCAUUCUAGCCGAGAAACCGGCCAGCCUGGAAGCGUUGACGGUGAAGAUUAUGGUGCUGAUAGUGAAGGAGGGCAAUUACGCGGCAGGUGCGAGCGCGUUACAGUAUCUGGCAAGUUCGGUUGAGAAGAUAGAACCGGGCAAUGGGGAGCUGUUUCUGCAGCUGGGCCAACUUUACUCGGUCGUUUGUGGCCGGGAUGCGAACGUGCUGACCGAAACGAGCAAGCUUGUCGAGAGAGCGGUCAAGCUGAAGGGUUCCAAUGCGGAGUACCUGACGGAGCUGGGUUAUCAAGCGAUACUGCAACGAAGAUACAGAGACGCAGUUGCCCAUUUCAAGAACGCUACCAAAGUAAAUGAUAGCUCGAUUAAAACACUCUGCGGGCUCACGUUAUGUCAGAUGCUGGAAAAUGGCGUAUCGGAUCAAGUUAAGCAACAGCUAGAGUUUCUAUCCGAGGUACAGGGACGCACACCUAACCCAUUGUUACUGUUCAUGACCGCUAAGCUGUACGCCGACAACACACCCAAAGCGACCGAGCUGCUGUUAGCCGCCUCCGAAGCUCAUUUUAAAAACCUGAAAGCAAUCCCUUACGGUCCCGAGUAUCUGCGUCUUUUUAAUCCUGACUUUCUACUGCAGCUCGUACACGAGCUGCUAGCACAUUCGCCCGUAAAGGGCAUGUCGGUGGGUUCGCUGCGCUCUACGCCAGGUGAAUUGCAGCAACAUCCAGUACUACUGCAAGCGGUUAACCUACUCGAAUCGGUCGUGAAAGCCUGCCCGGGUUUGGUGGAAGCCGUGUAUCUGCUUGCGGUUGUGCAACGUCUCGGUGGGGAGAUUGGACUCGCUUCGGCCACUCUGAAUCGUAUCCUGCAGGAACUUGAUCCAGCCUAUUCGAGUGCACAUCUUCUACUGGCGGAGGUGCACAUCGAGCAGAAGCAGUAUCAGCGUGCCGCGCAGAACCUGGAGAUAUGUCUCAGCCACAGUUUUAAGGUACGCGAGAACCCGAUGUAUCAUCUGCUUUAUGGCAUGAUUUUAAAGCACCAGCAACAGUACGAGGACGCAUUGAAGAGUUUCUUUGUGGCGAUGAACUUGUGCGGUAUAGGUACCUCGGUUGGCGUUGCCGGUGGAACGAUUGGAGUGCCCUCAAGUGGCCCUACUACGAAAGCGUCAAUUGAUAUUGGUGCAGGUGGUGCACAAUAUCUCAACAUAGCAGAUCGGCUAACGCUCUACUUGGAGGUGAUUGAAACACAGCAAAAGCUAAACCAACAUACGGAAGCACUAAAGCUACUGGAGCUGGUGUCCACCGAGUUCGGUGGAACUACGGAAGAAGGUCGCUUAGUGCUGGCGAUGGCCGAUUUCUAUCUGCAGCAGGGCAACCAAACGAAGGCAAUAGAUCUGUUGAAAAAAAUGCAACCGAACCAACCGUAUUAUGUGCAGGCGAAGACGAAAAUGGCAUACAUCUAUCUGAACCAUCGCAAGGAUCGAUUAACAUUUUCACAAUGUUUCCGCGAGCUGGUAGCGAACUGUCCGAAUGCGUCGAGUUAUCUGAUGCUCGGUGAUGCGUACAUGUCCAUCCAGGAACCGGACGAUGCGAUCAAAGCGUACCGUGAAGCAAUAAGACAGAGCCCGCACGAUGCACUUCUGGCAAGCAAGUUGGGCCGUGCCUACGUGCGUACGCACCAGUAUCAGAAGGCAAUCGCGUACUACCAGGAAGCGAUACUGCAUCCGGAAAACUAUCCGCUGAAGCUCGAUCUGGCUGAGCUGUAUCUUAAGCUGAAGCAGUAUCAAAACGCGGAACAGACACUUGCCGAGGAGUUGAGCGGUAAAGCAAGUGACUCUGAUGAGCUUUCAGCGUUACAGGUGCGUACAAAACAGUACCUGUUGCUUGCUCGUAUCCGAGAAAAAGCUGGACAAUUAAACGCAUCACUUCAGACGCUGAAGGAGGCACGAGAUAAUCAGCUUAAAGUGCAGCAUCGAUUGCUUCUCGAUCAGACGACUACCGGCAUACCGAGUGAGCAGAACAAAAUGCUUGCAAGAAUCUGUGUCUUAAUGGCGGAACAGUCCCAAGCGAUACGCGACAACGAGCAGAUGGUACAUCACUACAAAGAAGCGCUCAAGUACACACCGAACGAUGCGGGCGUAAUGGCGUCCCUUGCCCGUAUUUACAUGCAGCUGAACCGUAUGGACGAAUGUCAGGCGACCUGCGUACAGAUUGUGCAGCUCGACCCAAACAACGAGGUGGCACUGGUGAUGAUGGCGGAUCUGUCCUUCCGGCGGAUGGAUUUUGAAAAUGCAGCCUACCACUUCUCGCAGCUGCUGCUCUAUCAACCUACGUACUGGACGGCUUUGGCGCGCCUAAUCGAAGUGCUCCGACGCAGCGGCACACUGGUCGAGGCAGCCAGCUUUCUGCAGCGUGCCGAGGAUGAAGCGACACGGUCGGAUUGUGAAGCAGGGCUCAGCUACUGCAAGGGGUUGUGUGAAUGGUAUCGGGGCAAUCCGAACAGUGCGUUGCGACUGUUCAACUACUGCCGUCGAAAUGAAGAAUGGGGCCAGCAGGCAAUCUACAAUAUGAUCGAGAUUUGUCUCAAUCCCGAUGGCGAUCUGCCGUGCGAAGGUUCCGUAAUCGAUAUCGGUGCGGACGAUCUCGAGAUUAAGGAUUCCCGUGCGAUGGCACUGCGUACCGCGGAACGAUUGUUGAACGAGUUGAAACCCCGUCCCGGUGUGCUGGAUAACGAGGCACUCAACCACCGGCUGCUGGAAAAUUUUCUGCUCGUCGCAUCCCGGCAGAAGCAUAGCGUCGAGCAGGCGCUGCAGAACUUUACCACGAUCGCGUCCCAGGACGAGUACAUCGGUGCGGUAUACGGUAUGGCCGUCACGCACGUCAUCUUGAAGCAGAGCCAGCGGGCUAAAAAUCAGCUGAAGCGCGUGGCGAAAAACACCUGGACGUUCGAGGAGGCGGAAUAUCUGGAGAAAUGCUGGCUGUUGCUGGCGGACCUGUACAACCAGGCGGGAAAGUAUGAGCUCGCAACGGAUCUGCUAAAGCGCGUGCUGCAGCACAACAAAUCGUGCACGAAGGCGUACGAGCUGGGCGGUAUAGCGUUCGAGAAGGAGCAAAACUAUCGUGCGGCGGCAAUGUAUUACGACAGUGCGUGGCGUUACUGUGGGAAAUCGAAGCCAAACAUUGGCUACAAGCUGGCCUUUAACUACAUGAAAAACAAACGGUACGCUGACGCAAUCGAUAUCUGCCAGCAGGUGCUGAAAAUCCAUCCGGAGUAUCCAUCGAUACGCAAAGAUAUUUUGGAAAAGUGUCGAAACAACCUUAAGGUGUAA